CUUUAGAGGCGGGACUGAGUAUGGAUCAUUUGAACGAGGCAACUCAGGGGAAAGAACAUUCAGAAAUGUCUAACAAUGUAAGCGAUCCGAAGGGUCCACCAGCCAAAAUUGCGCGCUUGGAACAGAAUGGGAGCCCAUUAGGAAGAGGAAGACUUGGAAGUACAGGAACUAAAAUGCAAGGAGUGCCUUUAAAACACUCUGGACACCUGAUGAAAACAAAUAUUAGAAAAGGAACUAUGCUUCCAGUUUUUUGUGUAGUGGAACAUUAUGAAAAUUCCAUUGAGUAUGACUGUAAGGAGGAGCAUGCAGAAUUUGUGUUGGUAAGGAAGGACAUGCUAUUCAACCAACUGAUUGAAAUGGCAUUGCUAUCACUUGGAUAUUCUCAUAGCUCUGCUGCCCAAGCAAAAGGGCUAAUCCAGGUUGGGAAGUGGAAUCCAGUUCCACUCUCCUAUGUGACAGAUGCCCCUGAUGCUACAGUAGCAGACAUGCUGCAAGAUGUGUAUCAUGUGGUCACACUGAAAAUCCAGUUACACAGUUGCCCUAAACUAGAAGACUUGCCUCCUGAACAGUGGUCUCACACAACAGUAAGAAAUGCUCUCAAGGACUUACUGAAGGAUAUGAACCAGAGUUCAUUGGCCAAGGAAUGUCCCCUUUCACAGAGUAUGAUUUCUUCCAUUGUGAACAGCACUUACUAUGCAAAUGUCUCAGCAGCAAAAUGUCAGGAAUUUGGAAGGUGGUAUAAACAUUUCAAGAAGGCAAAAGAUAUGAUGGUUGAAAUGGAUAGUCUUUCUGAACUAUCCCAACAAGGUGCCAACCAUGUCAACUUUGGUCAGCAACCAGUCCCAGGGAACACAGCUGAACAGCCUCCAUCCCCUGUUCAGCUUUCUCAUAGCAGUCAGCCAUCCGUUCGGACCCCAAUCCCAAACCUGCACCCUGGACUUGUAUCAACUCCUAUUAGCCCUCAGUUGGUAAAUCAGCAGCUGGUAAUGGCCCAGUUGCUGAACCAGCAGUAUGCAGUGAACAGACUUCUAGCCCAGCAGUCCUUAAACCAACAGUACUUGAACCACCCUCCUCCUGUCAGUAGAUCCAUGAACAAGCCGUUGGAGCCGCAGGUCUCAACCAACACAGAGGUGUCUUCCGAAAUCUACCAGUGGGUGCGUGAUGAAUUGAAACGAGCAGGAAUUUCACAGGCAGUAUUUGCACGUGUGGCUUUUAACAGAACUCAGGGCUUGCUCUCAGAAAUCCUCCGAAAGGAAGAGGACCCCAAAACCGCCUCACAGUCUUUACUGGUAAACCUUCGGGCUAUGCAGAACUUCUUGCAGCUGCCAGAAGCCGAACGAGAUCGAAUUUACCAGGACGAAAGGGAAAGGAGCUUGAAUGCAGCCUCUGCUAUGGGCCCAGCACCUCUAAUAAGCACACCGCCUAGCCGUCCUCCACAAGUAAAAACAGCUACUGUUGCAACGGAGAGGAAUGGAAAACCAGAAAAUAAUACCAUGAACAUUAAUGCUUCCAUAUACGAUGAGAUUCAGCAGGAAAUGAAGAGAGCUAAAGUGUCUCAAGCACUAUUUGCGAAGGUUGCAGCAACCAAAAGCCAGGGGUGGCUCUGUGAACUGUUACGUUGGAAGGAAGAUCCCUCACCAGAAAACAGGACCCUAUGGGAGAAUCUUUCAAUGAUCCGAAGGUUCCUCAGUCUUCCUCAGCCUGAACGAGAUGCCAUUUAUGAACAAGAAAGCAAUGCAGUUCAUCACCAUGGUGACAGACCUUCCCACAUUAUCCAUGUUCCAGCAGAGCAGAUUCAGAGCCCCUCUCCCACCACCCUUGUGAAAGGAGAGCAUAGAGGCGCUUUCUUACCAGGCCUGCUGACCACUGGACCUUGGCUGGGUGCUGCUCCUCAGCAGCAACAACAACAGCAGCAGCAGCAACAGCAACCAGGUCCCAGACUACCGCCAAGGCAACCAACAGUGGCAUCACCAGCUGAAUCUGAGGAUGAAAAUCGUCAGAAACCCCGACCACGAACAAAGAUUUCUGUUGAAGCCCUGGGAAUCCUACAGAGUUUCAUACAAGAUGUAGGCCUAUAUCCAGAUGAAGAAGCAAUCCAGACUCUCUCGGCUCAGCUUGACCUACCCAAGUACACCAUUAUCAAGUUCUUUCAGAACCAGCGAUAUUAUCUCAAGCACCAUGGGAAGCUGAAGGACAAUUCCGGGUUGGAAGUGGAUGUUGCAGAAUACAAGGAGGAAGAGUUGCUUAAGGAUUUAGAAGAUAGCAUCCAAGACAAAAAUGCAAACACACUUUUUUCAGUGAAACUAGAAGAAGAAUUAUCAGUAGAAGGGAACACAGAGAUUAAUGCUGAAUUGAAAGACUGAUCUAAAAAGUAUUAUUUUCAUUCAACAGUGCCACUGGUAUUUAAUAAUGAAAUGAAAAUUCCAUCUUGUAUUGUGUCAGAAACCUCUCUCAUUCAUUGUUUGGUCAAUGAAUCUUCCAAAACUUGCACAAAAGUUGAAAAAAAAAGGAUAAUGCAGACUGCACUAGAUGUUUUACUCUGUUUUACAAACUGCUUUGCAGCUACAGAUGAAGCGUUGAGGAUUGUUUGAUAUUAAUUUGUGUUCACUGGCUACACUGUGGUGUACCCAAUAAGCAUGAUACCAGUGAUUUUGAUUCUGGAGCCUUCAGACAAGCAUUACAACUUUUGUGAUUUGUUUCUCAAUUAUUAUUUUUUUUAAUUAUUACUGUAACACUCCACACUUGGUCUUUGGAAACUCACGUUUAUUUAAAAAAAGAAAAGAGUUUGUUACUCUUGCUCUAUUGUAUGUUACAAAAGAACUAUAGACUGUGGAAUGCAGUUUAAAGAUAACAUAUGCCAACAAAUGCCUUGUAUUAUAUGGCACUGCCGUAAUUCAGAUUUGUUUUUGUUUUGGAAAUAAAGGUCACUGUAUUUUUUUUCCAUUCUCAUUGUUACAUGAUUUUAAAAAAAUGAAAAGAAAAUGUGAAACACAAUUUAGUCCUCAUUAUUUAUUUGUAGAUCCUGCAGCGUCAUGUUGUAAUUAAUUUUUUUGGAAGUUUCCGUUAAAUGUAAUAUUGCUUCUCUUGUUAUCAUACUGAUUUUUUUUUCUAUUUAUAAAUGUAUUUUGAUGGGCAGUAAAACAAAGUGUCUUAAAAGUUUUAAAUAGAGAAAAUGUGCUUUACACAGUUGCCUAUAAAAAGUGCUCUAUGUUAUCCAAGCAAUUCAUACUAUAAGCUUCACUCUUAUUGUUGUAUGCAAUUUUUACUAUCAUGCAAAUAAGCUUAGGUAAAUAAAACUAAUAGAUCACCUUAGAAACUUAUGCAAUUAAUGUGAAAAUAAUUGAUGUUUGCAAUGUGUCUUCCUUUGGUUUACAAUCAAUUUUAAAGCUACAGCUGUAUAAAUUUUCUGUAUAAAGGUGUAUUUCUUUUUUAUGAGUUUAUUGCUAUGAAAACACCAGUUAUUUUGUUACAGCUGGCUGUUUUUAUAAGUGUAUCACAAUUUUCUUUAUGCAGAAAUGUUCUGACUAGGAGUGGUUAUUGACUGUAACUACACAAUUAAAAUUGUUUGUAUGGUAUGA